AUGGCAGAUCGCAAAGGCGCAUACGGCGCUUCUUCCAGCAGUGACACGUCCUUUCGCAAAACAUGGAACCGCGAUGAAUACGCCGCAAAGGCAAGCGAGCGCGAUGUCAAGAUCAAGGAAGAAGGCAAAGCUCGAUACGAAGCUGCGCUCGAGGGCAAGAAAUAUCAUCAGCGAGCCUCUACGCCUCCAGAUGCGCGUGAAACAGAAGCGAGAAAGGCGAGGCUGAAUGUGGCGGACCAAGUUGGCAAAACUCAACUCGUCGUCGCUGGUGCUGGACAGGGAAAGCGUGGCAAGAGUGCGGGCUUCUACUGUGAUGCCUGUGAUCUCACGUACAAGGACAAUCUGCAAUAUGUGGAGCAUUUGAACAGCAAACAGCAUCUGAUUGCCACUGGAGAGACUGGAGAGGUGAAGCGAGCUACACUGGACGAUGUCAAGGAGCGGUUUGAGUACCUCAAGCGGAAGCGGGAUGAAGAAAAGGCGCGGGAUGCCGUUGAUUUGACGACGAGAAUUGAAGUCGCCAAGGAGCAGGAGGAACGCGAACGGGAAGAGAAGAGACGGAAGAGGAACGAGAAGCGGAGGAAGACGAAGGACGGCAAAGGUGUCGAAGAGAUCAAGCUCGAGAAUGAUGGAGUCAUUUGCUAG